GGGAGGAUCACUCACAGACACAGGAGUCCAAGGAGCCACAGCUCUCUUCACUCAGUGAAGCAGCCAUCAGUGAAGCAGCCGUUAGUGAAGCAGCCAUCAGUGAAGCAGCCAUCAGUGAAGCAGCACUCAGUGAAGCAGCCAUCAGUGAAGCAGCCAUCAGUGAAGCAGCACUCAGUGAAGCAGCACUCAGUGAAGCAGCCAUCAGUGAAGCAGCCAUCAGUGAAGCAGCACUCAGUGAAGCAGCCAUCAGUGAAGCAGCACUCAGUGAAGCAGCACUCAGUGAAGCAGCCAUCAGUGAAGCAGCACUCAGUGAAGCAGCACCGUUAGUGAAGCAGCCAUCAGUGAAGCAGCCAUCAGUGAAGCGUUGUAUUGUAUCAGCAUGGUCAACUCAGUAUUCCCAUACUGCUGGACCCUGUGCCUGAUCCAGCUGGCUACAGGACUGGUUCAUGGAAACGUUCGUCUAGACGACUCCCAUCCCGGCCUCAGACGCACCGACAACACCUUCCUCUCCGAUAUGGGUAAAGGCUCUCUCUUUAGAGGGGAUCCUGUUGGUUUCCGCUUAGAGUCUGAGGAUGAAGAGGAGAAGGAGGAGGAGCUGCUGAUGGACAUGGAAACCUACGAUGAGGAUGUUGCUGAGGCGAUGCAGCUGCAGAGCAGGGCCAUGCGUUCUCCCCGUCGCUGUAUCCCCCACCAGCAGUCCUGUCUGGGCAACACGCUGCCCUGCUGCGACCCCUGCGAUACCCGUUACCCCCGAAUGUUCGGCUCCAUCUGCUACUGCCGUCGGACGGCCUGCGCCGGCGCUCACCCGCGUCCCUAAAACACUCCUAGAAAACCCCCUACGGCCCCCUCCUCUCACGGUGGGGCCCCUUUCUCUGCCAGGCUACAGUCAGUAUCUAAUCCAUAUCCGCAAGGCUUGAUUAUACGAGCACGCAAACACAGACUAUACAUCCCAGGAUGCAUCAGUGAGAGCGGCCAAUAGGACACUCUCGUUGGGUUGUAUUUUCUUCUUGAUGUUACCUCUGGUUGUGUUUUAUUUUUAUUUAUUUUUUUCCCGAUAGGUUAGAUGGAUGUUACGUUGGGUGUACAUUUAUCGUUCAAUGAAAAUCGAAAGACAAAUCAAUCUCUAAAAAGGAAAUAUAAUUGUCUAAAAAAACAAAUUGGCUAAGAUUUUUUAUUUUUUUUUGUUAAUUAUUUUUAAAUCUUAAAAAAAAAAAUUGGUUUAGAUUUUUUUUAUUUUUUUUAUUAUUUAAUCUAAAAAAAACUUGGAACAUUAUUUAUUUUAAAGAGACCAGGAUGUAAAAUUCUUACAUUACUCAAAUCAAAAGUUGACAUUUAAAGUUUGGUUUAUUGAUUUUAAAUAGUGAAUCAGGUUCCAUAUGUUCAUCAUGUGCCCAGAGUCUUAACAGUAGUCCAAUUGUGAGGCAGAGUUUAACAGCUUCUGCUACGUGAUUUAAGACCUCAGUAUGUGAAACUCGCAUAAUGAAUUAUAUAUAUAUUUUUAAAUACCUGUAGUUGACAAUAUAUAUUUUUUUUCAUGGAAAUUCUAUAAUAGGGAAACACCAUACAAUUGUAUUCAAUUGGCAGCCAUUAUUUUGGAAGUCAAACACUCUCUCUAGGUAAGUUAAGAAAUCAGUGCAAAUAGUAAUUUAUUGUAUCUUAUGAAUGAAAAUGAAAUAAAAUAAAAAGUCAUUAUUUUGUGUCAUAGAAAAGAAAAA